GACACGGUACUGCUUUUUGAGCAUGCCCCUGUCUACACUUUAGGGCGCGGCGCGGAUGAGAAUCAUUUAACCGCGUCUCCGGUGCUAGCCCCUAAUGGAGUACCCGUUUAUCGAGUAGAACGCGGCGGGGAGGUCACGUUUCAUGGGCCCGGUCAGUUGGUUGUGUACCCUUUAAUCGAUUUGACGCGGGAACCGUUUCAACAAGACUUGCACUGGUUCCUGCGCAAGGUGGAAGAAGUCGUCAUUCAGACUUUGCAAGCGUAUGGGAUCGAUGGUGUCAGAGACGAAAUGAAUACUGGCGUUUGGGUAGAUCAUCGAAAAGUUUGUGCCGUUGGUUUGUCCUCCAGUCGAUGGAUCACGACUCACGGCUUCGCCCUCAAUAUAUGUCCAGAUUUGACUUAUUUUGACACGUCCAUCAUUUUGCCUUGUGGCAUUGAUGGGCGCGGCGUAACGAGCAUUGCUCAAAUUUUGA